AAGAGGAGUCGGUCAACACGUUCAAGACGUCUGGCGAGAAAAAAAAAGAAAAUUUUAAUUUUCUGUGAAAAAAAAGAUUGAUUUGGUUUUAAGUGCUUGUGGAAUCUAGGACUUAUUUCCUAACGAGAUCAUAAAAUAGAAUAAAAAAUUUAAUGUCUUUUACAUUGAAUGUGCUUGUGUCAAUUACAUAAAGUCUUCAGCUAGGAGUGAAUGAAAAUGAUUUAAGUGCGCUUUAUUCGAGUAAAAAUCAAAAACAAAACAAAAAGGAAACAAAAUCGGAGCCAGUGAAGCAAGCUCCCACCGAAGAUUCUCAGUAAUAAAUGUUAUAUUUAUAAAAGUGAAGGUAGUGAUAUAUCAAAAACACAUAAGAACUCUCUCAUGUGAGUGAUAACUGUCAAGUUGAAUAGACUUUACCAUACCCUAAGUACGGAACAAUAAAAUAAGAACUUGUCAAGUUGCUGAAAGAACAUUUCAUAAAUUUCAAAAGAAAAAGGAAAAAUUGAAAAUAAUAACUUGUACAAUAAACCGCUUGUGCUAAAACCUAAACCUAAAUUGAUUAAGACGGAGGAUGAAAACGAAAACUUUAGAGGAAACAGAGACGGAAACAAAUGAAUCAUAUACAAUAACUAGCACGAUCAAUAAGCAAAUAAAUAAAUUUAUGACGCCACCGUGUGAUUUAUUGACAUGGAGAGACAUGCCGAGUCACCUGAAAUUCAAUCCAUAUGUGCAUACAGGCUACCGGCCAUUACAGAAUGUCAAAGGAUGUAUAAACAGUCUCUUUUACAUGCACAAUGAGACAAUAAAUAUUCUGACUCAUGGAAUCCCAAUUGUAUACAUUUUGGCAACAGUUCCACCUUAUUUACCAUGGAAUAAUAGUCUUCGUUUUCUUUCAUGGUGUCACCUCGUUGGCUCUGUUUCGCCAUGGAUUGGAAGUUUUGUUUAUCACCUGUUUAUGAACUUAGAACGUGGCGAAACAGUCUAUUAUCGUCUUUUACAACUUGACAUGUUCGGAAUAUGGAUGAGUCAAAGUUUCGGCGCACUACCGUUUGUUAUAGCGAGUGUCUUCUGCAUGAGUGGAUUCAUAAAAUGGUUAACAAUUAUAUCAUAUUGUAUCUUCUGUAUCUUUGGCUUACAAAAAGCUUUAACGGCUGCUUCCCCAUGGCAAAGACGUCUUUGUUUUGCAUUACCUUUCCUCAUGCGCGCUAUUCUGACAAUAUUGAGAUUAUCGAAGUUCGCGGGUGGAAAUCCAACGGCAAUGACACACGUAUUUUUGCAGGAUGGCGUUUCAAUAUUUGGCGGUGCAAUUGGAGCUAUGCACAUCCCUGAGAAAUGGUUCCCAGGCUGUUUGGAUUAUUACUUGAACUCUCACAACAUUAUGCACGUCCUCGUUGUGGUGGCCGUGUAUUCAAUGCAUCAGGCGACCGUAAGAGACAUCGACUGGAUGGAAUCAAUGUCAACAUCAAAGUGCGGUGCAAUAUCAAAUCAAACAAUUGACAUACCAUUGUUAAGUAAUUUAACAUCCGAUUCACAUUUCGAGCUAUGAUUUGCUAGCACCGAGAACUUUAAGGAGAUGUCAAAACUUUUAAUUUUAUUUUUAUGGCUCUGAUUUGGUAGAAGAAUUCAUGAGAAUUUAAACAUUUUUCUCUAUCGCAUUUAGAGACGUAUAAAGAUUUGUAUAAAAAAUUGAAAAAUAUAAUCAAGGUUGGGACAGAUUUGAAUAUUACUGAUUGUUUGGGGAUUUCUAGAUUGAAGAAGUUAAAUUUAAUGAAGAAAACAAACUUUAUUUUAUCGAAAGUUUCGUUAGGAUUUUUUUUAUAAGUCAGAAGGGAGUUGAGAACUUUAUAAGUUUUGCUCAGUACUUCUUUUACGUCUACGAUAGUUUUAAAGUGAAUUUAGAAGAAUUUUAAAGAUUAACUUUGUUGAAAUAUUUAUGAAAUGACUUUAAAUUUGUAUUAAUAUUAAACUGAAUCGAUGAAAUUCAGGGAUAUCUUAUAUUGUUGCUACUUAGUUCCUAUUUUCUGCUUUUGCUAAUGUUACUUAACUUUAAUUGCUUUCUUAUUAACGCAGAGCUCAAAGUCGAUUCAGAUUUUGCAAGGGAAAAUCCAUACAAAAUCCGAGUCAACUUAAAGAUCUGCUUUUAGCUAAAUUUUAACGAAGCUUAGUUCAGAAAUUGUAAAUAUAAUUUAAACUUUAAAAUAUUCACUUGAAAUCAUUUUAAUCCAUAAAAUCGAAAAUCUGUCUCAAAAAUUGAGUGAAAAAAAAAUUGUAACAAAAAAUAAACUAAAUUAGAGCCUUCAAGAAAAAAAAUUGAAAUUAUAUUAAUUAGAAAAG